CAGGACAAAGAUGAAGUCAACAGUCUGAACAAAUACAGUCAUAACUUCUUUGGAAUUUACUGUACCUGUAGUCGGCCUUAUCCAGACCCAGAUGAUCAGGUGGAGGAUGAGAUGAUUCAGUGUGUGGUGUGUGAGGACUGGCUGCAUGGCAGGCACCUGGGCUGUGUGGUUCCAGACUGUGUGGAGCUGCAGGAGAUGAUCUGUGAGUCCUGUAUGAACAAAAACCCUUUCCUCUGGACCUAUGCUGCUCACCUGGCAGUUCCAGGUGCAGCAGUACCGGUGAAGGAGGAAACGGGAGGAGAUUCAAACACAGAUGUUCCCAACAAGGAAGAACAGGUUGAUGAUGUCAUCGAGCCCAGCUGUAAGCGGAGCCGUGAGGAGUCAAGCUGCAGACUGAAGGAACUGCAGGAGACUGGUCAGAAAAGAGUCCAAUCAGGAGCUGUGUUCUGGCCGUCAGCGUGGCGCUCCAAGCUCUGCUCCUGCAGCACCUGCCAGGAGCGUCUGUCUGAAGCCGAUCUGUCCUUCCUGUUUGACGAGUCAGACACCGUCCUCGCCUACGAGAAAAAAGGAAAGAACAACGAACAAAAAGAACAAGGACACGAUCCUCUGAUGUCAGCACUCGACAACCUGAACCGAGUGCAGCAACUCGAGAUCAUCCACGGAUACAACGACAUGAAGACUGAACUCAAGGAUUUUCUGCAGAGAUUCGCAUCUGAAGGAAAGGUCGUGACUCCUGAUGACAUCCGUCAGUUCUUUGAGCAACAGCAGAGUCGUAAGAGACGACGAGUCGAUGCUGGACGUUUCUACUGUACCUGAUGACCUGCGACUAACCAUGACCUUUGACCUUCUUCUAAUCACCUGACUGGGUCAUCCCACAUAAUUUCCUGUCCUGUUUCCUGUCGAUCAGCUGAUAUUUGUGGAUUUUCUGCACAUUUUAAAGUUUUUACCAGUUUAUUUUGAAUCUUUGAGACGUCCUGUUUUUAAUGUUUGUGUUUCAGAGGUCAAAGGUCACCAACAGUAACAUUUGUGUUGUUUUUGUGUUUUCUUUUUAAUGAAAACCAAUAAAACUGAACCUCCACACC